AUGCUCUAGACUUCUGUUAUCAUUAGUUCUACUCCAUCAUAUAUUGAACGAUUUUCUCCAUUUAUUUGUGCCUGUCCUAUAUGUCCAUGCAUUACAUGUUUAUAACCUUGCGAAUAAGCUAAUGAAUAUAGUAUUAUUUAUUGUGAAGAUGAUUGGUCUAAUUGGGGUUAAGUGCAUUUUGAAGUUAAGGAAGUAAUUCAAUAAUUGUUAAAAAAGAGAUUUAUUUGUCCUCCUUCUAAGCGAUCUCUUGAACUUGUAGAUUAAAGAAAAUUUUCAGAAGUUCAUAUUAAAGUAGAAAAACCUUACAAAUUCUCCUUUUUAUGCUUUUAAAGACCAGAAAUGUUAAUUUACUAAAGAGGAUAGUAUAUUGGGAAAGUGAUGGAGGAACUGUAAUGGACAAUAAUCAAAUGUACGUUUUAUAAAUUAAUGUGCUUCGAUAAAAACAACGCUUUGCUUUACACUAUUAGUGCUAGUUGUUGUUAGCCAGGAUUAUUUUGCAUGCUACCUUGUUAAUCUUGCGCAGAAAUUGAAUUUGAAAUUAAGGAUAGAAAUGAUUAGAAAGUUGGGAAGAUAUGCCAUUUAUUUGGGGGGUUUCGAAGAGAAUGGUGUACUAAAUCAGAUACAUACGGAAUAAAUUUUCCUGAAUUUGCUACAAUAGAAGAGAAAAUUAUACUUAUCAUGGCUGGGAUAUUUAUUGAUUAUGCAUAAUUUUAAAAUUAUUGA